AUGGAAAUUUCAUCUUAUAUAACUUCCACUGAUGCAGUCAUCGCAUUCUCAAAUCUCAAUUCUCGUUUUCAAGAUUUACUCACCGAAUUGUGUCAUACAUUCGAUUUUUCAUCAAUCAGUAAGAAGAACUUUGAUACGAUUUUUCAAUAUCAGAAUACCAAUCGAUGGCAUUCAUUAAAGCUGUCCGAUGAUGAGCAUACACGAGGACAAGUGAAAUAUUUCUUUGAAAAUCAUUCUCUAACUGAUAAAUUCUCUCAACUACAAUCCUUAUCAAUCGUUAAAAUGAAAACUAAUAGUCCAUAUCCACUAUUCUCUCAGCUUCCAUCUCUUUCGAACCUGGUAUCCCUUGAAAUUGAAUCCAUAUGCGGAGAAAAUAUUCCAGAAUUCGAACUUCCAAAUCUAAAAAAACUCAUUUUUGGCUCAUGUCCCAAUACAAAUUGGCUCAAAAAUUUCGCUCAACUUGAUACAAUUGAAUAUACAAUUACAGAUCGUUGUACAAAAGAUAAACUAUUAGCAUGGCCAGAAACAUUAAAAUAUCUAAAGAUCAUCUAUCAAGAUCAUCGAGAUUGUUCACUCAUUCAAAACUCACUAAUCAAUCUAUCUCUAUUAAUUGAUCUUGAAAUUUAUCAGAAGACACCAGACGGACCUUUUCCUGGUGGUGAAAUAUGGGAACAAAUAAUUACUACAUCAAUUCCACCCUUAAAAAAUUUCAAAUUCUAUUUUCAAUUCAUAUGUCAUGAUCGUAACUUGAAUGAACUUAAACAAAUCGUAACAUCUUUCUCUACACCAUUCUAUGUACUUGAAAACAAUUGGUUUAUUCAUUGUGAUGUAUCUGCUUAUUAUGAAAUGCCUAUUCAUGAUUAUAAAUAUGGCACGUAUAAUACAAAUAUGAGACACGUUAUUCUCUAUACAAUACCAGUCUCUUCUGAAGUAUUUACAGUUUUCAAAACUUUUUCAAAAACGAAGAUUUCAGAAUGGUCGAGAAACUAUAUUGAUCAUCCGAGUAUCAACAUACAUACAAAUAUGAAAACAUUGGUAUUUAAAUCCUCUUCAUCACCAGAUCCUACGUUUGAUCGAAGUUCUAUCAUCAACUUAGUAAUCAAUACUUCGUUUGAUGCACAACCUUGGCUUCAUAUCUUGACUAAAUUACGACACAUCACUAUUGGUGAUGGUACAGUAUUAUCCUUGGAAGAUUUUACUAUUUUAUUGGAUAAUGCACCACAUCUAUAUUCAUUAACUGGCAAAAAGAGUGCGCUAAAACUGUUGACAGAUAACUGGACUGAUAUAUGUAUCUGUCAUCGUCUUUCACGGAAGAUUCGUUCAUUAACUUUUACUUCCGAUCGAAAUCCAUCACAAAGUUUUGAUAAAAAUGAACUUGAAAGAAUCUUGCCAAUUUUUUCUUCUCAAUGUCAACAUUUAUCGUUAGGUGUUCAUUCACACAAAAAUAUUAUUGAUUUUAUCUUACGUAAGAUGUAUCACUUGAUCAGUCUACAUGUGCAUAGCCAACGAGACAACUGUCCGCCAAUUACUAUAGAAUGGUUAGAACAACAAAAUACACGAUUCAAUCGCACCAAUUGCAUUAUUACGAAUGUUCGACGAGAUCAUUAUUUUUGGUUAGGUUAA